UGUUUAGGUCAUUACAGUGGUCUUUGGCAGUGCAAAGUUUAUCGUAAUUAACAAUUACCUUUUUGGAAAUACCCAGACUGCAUUUCGACUUUCCCCGGAUACAUUUUCAAAUUAUUCAACUUUCUAGCUAACUAGUUAGCUAGUUUAAUCAGAGAAAUGCACAACUAACAACCAAAUACGUAGCAACCAAAAGCAAACUCACAUUUGAAGAAAAAAAAUCUGUGACCAAACUGUCAGUGACGGUUGAAACCAUGCUUGAAAUAAAUAUGUUGAAGGUGGAGAACCCGUCCUGUCUGUGGGGCAGGUUUGUGAAUGGUCCAGGGAUAGAAGCGGUCGAGAAUAAAAAAGCAUAUGAUGAUCUGCAAGUGAAAAUGAACCUUUUCUAUCAUGAGGUCAACCUCGAUGUGCAGAAGAUCAAACCCUCAACUAUAGAGGCGGGACAGGUGUGUGUGGUGUACUGGUCUGCCCUAAGGAGCUGGUGCCGAGCCAUUGUUGAAUCCCUUUUCCUGGGCACCGUUGGAACCCAGGUCAUGUGUUUCCUAGUUGACCACGGAGAGCGCAUCAUCGUCAGCUCAGAUGAGAUUCGGGCUCUGUUAGAGAAGUUUCUGCAUCUGCCCUUCUGGGUGAGGAAGUUUCAGCUCGCUGGUGUUCAUCCCAUGACGCUGCAGGUGUCUGGAGACUGCCUGGAGAAAGCUGAGCUCAUACCAUCAACGCAAUGGGACAGCUCUGCCACACGCUAUUUGCACAAUCUCUUACAAGCUUCUACCGAGAUGGAGGCAGUGUUGUGUGAAACACAGGCAGAUUGCACUGCCAUUGAGCUCUACUUGACUGUCAAAAAUGUCAAGAUCUGUGUGAACGAUGAUCUCGUCUCAAAGAAGUUUGCGUACUUCACAAGCCAGAAGGCCCAUCAAACCAGUGGAAAGAAUGGUGUUGUUGAUAGAUCCCCUGCCGUCUUGGCUUGUGACAUAUUUUCUGAAACUCAGAACUUCCUGGCUACUGACGGCUGCACCGUACGAUCACUUUCAGAUUUCCCGCCCCGGCAGCAGGACCCAACCGUUCAUAAUCAAGUGGUUGAUCCGUGGCAUCUAACGACAUCUGGGAAAGAGGCAUCGAAGGCUUCCAAUGAGGUAUCAAAUCCAAAGAAAAGCCUAGAAAAUGGAAGAAAUCCCCCAGAGGGAGGCAAUAAGAAAGCAGCGCAGCGGCAGAACAAGAAAUCCAAUACAUUUUCAGAGAUUGAUGGCGACAAAGACGAGAGCGAUGACGAGCCCGGAGAGGACACCGACACAUCUCUUGUGUCAGAACUGUUCAGAAAUCUGAAUCUGUUAAGAUUCAUGAAGUUCGUGAAUUCUGCUUCGAGCACUCAAAGGGCUGCUAUUCCCAACACUGAGCUUAAUGAAGAGAAGGAGGAAGGUGGUGUUCAGAGGUUCUCUGCGGUCACGGAGAAAGCAGAGGAAGAGCCGAUCACUGCAGUUCAACAGAUCGGACAACAGACUGAAACGGCUGUAUGUGGUGAAAGUCAACCUGUCGAUCCUGUGGAACAAUGCACUGAACCAAGUACUCCUAGUGACCUAGUAGACCGGACACAAGAGUUCGUCUUCACAGAGCAGCAAACUACUGAGGAGGAGCUAGUCUGCGCUCGGUUGUUGCAGUUGCUAAACCCUGACCCUCUGAACCCAGAUGUAGACUCAUCAGAAGUUACUAUCGUCCAUACUGAUCUGAGCAGGAGUGGGAUAGUGGUGCAUUCUGCCUUUACUCUGGACCCCUGCACCAGUCUGGCCAACGCUCCAAUCACUGACACCUUCCGGAGGAUCUUGAUGAGGAAGAAGUAUGCCGGCCCGUCUGUGGCUGAGAGUUACUGUUGGCCGGCGGUGGCCCGGGGCUGUGAUACGGUCCUCAUCUCCCACAGCGGAGACCAGCCCCUCACCUACAUCCCCCCGUUCCUGGCCCACAUGCAGCUCUCCUCCGUCUUCAGCGCCCUCUCGUCUCGAACCGGGCCCAUAGCGGUGAUCCUGUGCCCGGGGUGGGAGAAAGCCCAGACUGUCAUUGACCUGCUGGAGGAGAGCCAGACUGCCCAGGUCCUCAACCCCAUGGUCAUACUGGUGGGACUGGGGAAGGACGAGGCAAAGACUGUCAAGAUCCAUAACAACUGCCAGGUGGUGGUGACCACUCCGUUCAGCCUGGUGCGUCUGCUGUGUUUGCACUGUUUCCAGUUCCUGCGGCUGUGUCACCUGGUGCUGGACGAGGUGGACCUGCUCUUCUCUAGAGCCCCGGAUGAGAUGACCACCAUACUGCAGCACUUCCAGAGGGUGACGGCCAGCGAGGAGCGGGUGUCGUGCCCCAGACAGAUCAUCGCAGUGGGCAAGCGCUGGUGCCACCACCUGGAGGGUCUGCUCCACAACCACAUGAGCAACCCCACCAUUAUCGUCACGGUGAUGGAGGAGGCUGCACUCUACGGCAACGUGCACCAGAUUAUCCUGUUGUGUCUGGACUGCACUAAGAUCUCUGUCCUGCUCGGGGCACUGGACUUCACCCCCGACAUGGCCCAGAAGACCCUUGUCAUCACCAACUCUGUUGAGGAGGUCGAGCACGUCUUCAAGGCUGUUUCCAACACAUCAGCGUUUUCCCUGAAGGCCCACGAGGGCUUAACCUACCAGUUUGACUUGGUGACUGAGCAGUGGACGAAGCCCAUUGGACCUGGCACUCAUGUCAUUCUGGUCACCACCAAUGAGUGUAUGAAGUCUUUGGGUAUCCGUGAUGCUACGUGUGUUGUGCACUACGGCUUCCCAAGCUCACCUAAGCUGUUUGGCAGCCGUCUGUUCUGCAUGUCCCAGAACUUCCAGAACCUCUCAGACAAGGAGCGUGCUGCAGAGAACACAGCCCACCCUGCCAAGUCAGUGCUGCUGCUGUCCGAGAGGAAUGCCCGUCACGUGAUCGGGGUCCUGCGCUACCUGAAGCGUACUGAGGCCUCGCUGCCUCCAGAGCUGCUGCACUUCGCCCAGGGAGUCCUGCAGGCCAAGGAGGAACAGAAGUCAGACAGGCCUCUCUGCAGCUACCUCAAGAGCUUCGGCUUCUGCAGGGACAGCAAUGUUUGUUCUUAUCGACACAGCAUCAGCCCCAUACAGGAUCAGCCACUGCAACCAGACUCUGGAACUAUUGUGGUUCUGCCCUUGUACAUCAAGACUGCUUCCGUCUACUACGGACGCAUUGUGAGUAAGAAGGUGGACAGUUAUGAGAGCCUGGCAGCAGAGAUGACUGCGUACUACGCCACUGAGAAGCUGGGCGCUAAGGAGGUUCUGGAGGGAGGGCUCUACGGAGUACAAGAGGAUGAGGUCUACCACAGGGUGCGGUUGACUUCGGUGCCGGACAAGGGUGAGUGUCUGUUCUGCAGCGUGAGGGCUCUGUUCCUGGAUGAGGGGCGUGAGCAGGAGGUGAAGUCCCACCAGCUGCUGCAGCUGCCGCCCCAGUUCCACACACUGCCACCCCAGGCUCUGGAAAUCAUCGUCUGCAGGGCUAUGCCCAUCGACGCUGAGGUCGAAUGGAACCCCAAGGUCACCAGGGCCAUCAGUCAGAAGAUCAAAGGCCUGCAGCACCAAGCCAAGGUUGUUCUGUGUUUGGGAAACACGGUCUUCGUCGAUCCCAUGGUGCGGAUGACCCGUCUGCCAGGCCUGAAGACAUUCAUAAACGAGUACAACAUCCACGCUGAGAUCCUGAGCACAGGGAUGGGCACCAGCAACCCUCAGCACCUGGACCUGCUGAAGGAGCUCCACCACGGGGCUGGGCCUGGAGCCAGUGCUGGGGAGACCCCUCUCACCACGGGGCCGGAGGGCUCUGAGGUGACCUUGGAGAACAAGGUGCAGGCUGCAGAGGAGGCCCUGGUCCACAGGAUGAGGGCAGCCGUCGAGCGCUUACACUGUGGCCAGGAGGUUUCUGUAGACCCGCCCCAGAACCAAACGGCUGUGCUUCAUGCCCAGACAGACCUGUCCCAGUGCCAUAUGAAGGACUCAGCAGACCUGCGUCAGAUGGACCAGAAGGUCUUUGUAUACCCUACCCAGCUCUCGCCCAAGCCACAGAAGGAGUCCCCAUUAGCAGCAGUACCUGAUCCGAGCGUAGCUCAACUACCAACACUCAUGGACAGGGCCCAGUUACCUUCCCCACUCCCAACACCUCGCGAGGCCCAGUUACCUUCCCCACUCCCAACACCUCGCGAGGCCCAGUUACCUUCCCCACUCCCAACACCUCGCGAGGCCCAGUUACCUUCCCCACUCCCAACACCUCGCGAGGCCCAGUUACCUGCCCCAACACCCAUGGACAAUGACCCCAAAAUGGAGCAGUGGAGGAGCCGCAUAGCUAACCUCCAAGGCACCACUCCAACACGGAGGCAUACAGCUCUACAAGGAUUCUCCCCCAAAGACUGGAUUUCUGCAGUUCCCCGCCCCAUUGAAAAUGGUCAUUUGAUCGAUGAGAAGCAAAUCAACGGCCAGCAAGUCAUCAACAGUGAGAAAGUCAUCAGUGUUGACAAGGUCGAUGUGGACGCACCAAAAAGGUAUUUGAGUUUCCAUCCCCAGAUCAAGUGGUUCCAGAGAGAUGACACAGUCACACUGAACAUAAAGCUCAGAGAACCAGUGGAACAGAGAUGUGAAUUCUUCCCUGACAGAGUGGUGUACAGUGCGUAUGUGAAUGACAGGCCUUACCGUGCUGACCUGGAGCUCCAUGGUAACAUCACUGCAGAGAGGUGCUCCUGGGAGAUGAAGUGCAAUGAGCCAGUCAUCAGGCUCGUCAAACAGGAGAGGGGAGACUGGAAGAUGCUCCUCAAGCAAAAGAGUGCUUUUGUUAGUUUGGACUUCGACCGCUUUGAGGAAGAUGAAAAGAAGACUUUAAAUGGUCUCUGCUUUGUGGGGCACACUGGGGAGGAAGGCUGCUACGUGAGCUCAGACAGUAGCAGUGACUGACUGCAGACAGACGGCCCUCAUCGAUCCUCCCUCUAAUCAUCAACUGAGAAGAACCUAGUGCCAAUCCCCCAAAAAUACAUAAAUUCAGCCAGUUAGUUAUUAUACACUUUUCCUUCAUGUCUGCUUGAAGGAUGCAUCUCUUUGGCUAUUUUAGGACAUUUCAUAUGACAAUUCCAUGUUUUCAGGUUUAUUUUUUGAUGUUAUGCUAUCAGACUAUCAACACAAGUGAAUUGAGAAUGAUGGCUUAUUCAAAUCUGUUAUGACACAGGUACAUCAGAAAGUACUUAGUAGUAAGGAAUUGCCAAACUAGCAGAUACCCAUAGACGUCCAGUCAUUGUGUUAACGCUAGUUAGAAUUGGCUUCCGAAACUACCUAUAACUUCCUUCAUACUGGACACAGAGACAUACAAAUGGUAUCCACGAGUUCAUCUGACACUGUGGAAGAAGAUAAAUGGCCUCAUUGCCAAAAUCCCAAAGUAUCCUUUUAAGUAUGUUAAAAAGCAGCUUUUCUGUUGGAAUGAUGUGGGCGUACCUCAACAACAGAAUGGUGUGGGCGUAUACUGGUCAUAAAAAAUAUUCAAGCAAGUAGGCUGCUGAUUGGCCAUCUCAUCCUCCUCAGGAGGAUGACAUCAUCCUCUAUGAAGAAAUGGAAAGCAUUUCUGAAACUGUCUGUUUGAGGUGGUCUUUGAAGUGGGUUUAUGCUUUAUGCUUUGGCCACAUACAAGUAUAGGAUGAAUCAACAACGUUAUUUGGGUAUGAGUUAACAGAACUUUUAAAAGUGAGAUUUUCACUGGACAGUUACAAUAAGCGUGUUCACACAUAGUUGUUAGCUAAAACGCAAAUCAGUUUUGUUAUAGGUUUAAGUUAGGUUCAAUUUCAAGCAAACUAAAAUGUGUAAACCGAUCCUUGUUUUCAAGUGUCUACUUGACAGAAAUUGACAGAUUAAAGCUACAUUCUGGGAUUCGAAAAACUGCUGCCCUGUCACUUGUUCUGGUAUACAGCUGAGGGAUGGGGCUAGGAAAAUGUAACCCCUCUCAAAUUCAUAGACUCCGCUCUAGGUGCAAGGACUAACAGUAUACCAGAUGCUUUUAUCCACAGCGACUUAGUCAUGCGUGCUUCGUGCAUAAUUGUUUUACGAAUGAGUGGUCCCAGGAAUUGAACCAACUGUCCUGGUGUUGCAAGAGCCACGCUCUACCAACUGAGCUACAGAGGACCAGCCCAUGACAUCCAAGCUAUACAUUGUUUGUUUACAUUGUCGUUUGUAAACUAUAGUGUAAUAAAACCAAAUAUUUUGGGUUAUGAUAAAGACCGAUGGUUGUGCUUUGCUCAUGGGGCGUUUAAAGCUCCAUUAUGUAACUUUGUGUAUUUUCGUUUUUUUCCCUAGUGGUCAUCAAUGUGAUUCAACAGUAACAAUAUUGCGUCUCCAUCCUGCCUGAAAACCACUGUAUUCGAUUUCCCUGUCGGGUCGGAUUUUCCCGCCAGAUUUAGUGCUGCGCGUAGUGAAUAACGAGUUUCCGUUAAUAUUCUUAAAGAAUCAAUAGGUGUAUUUCAAGAAUCUAAAUUACCAUUAAGCAACUUUCAGAUUAUCGUUCUUCCAGAUUUAGCUCCAUUUUUGCUGUGAUUUUUCAAUUAAAAUGCAAUGGUUUUGGAACAGUUGCUUUGUAAAUUAAUACCAAUGAUUUUACUUUCAAUACAUGGACCAAUUCGGUAUGUUAAUAUAGCCUUCAAAAUAAAAGUUAACAAAACAACAGCUACACUAUCAGUAGUCUAUGGUAGAAAUUCACCUUUCAGCAGUACAAUGAAGGCCAACGCUAUAUAAAAACACCCUUACGAAGUAUGGAGUGGGUUGUGUAGAUAAAAAUAAAUUAAAAAUUUAGUUGGAAUUUCUCCAAGAUAAAGGGUUAGUUUAUCUAAUGUAAUCAUGCUAGCUGUAGCAAAAGUAUACAAAGGAUUAUCGUGGAUGCUGUCACUACAGAGAGGUAUACUACGAUUUAAGCUAUAUUCUACUCAGGGUUUUCUAAAGCUAGCCAGGUUCAGUUAGCUUCACAUUCAGCUCCGGCACAAUCCGUACUAUGACUGUGGAUAUUGCUCGUCCGCUUGCGGCUAACUCUAGCAGGCUUGUGCGUGUCGCACAUGGCUAGUCGAACUCUGAACUCUUCAUUUAGACAAUGCAAAUUCAGCAGGCUAUGGUGUGAAAUAGGCUUGUAAAAGUGCCGUCUUUAUUGUAUUACUUAUUGGUAAUGCCAUCUUUGGUGUGCUUAUCAAUGCACCAGCACCUUUUUCCCCACUACUAUCGAGCACAAACAUUUGAUUAAUAAAAUAUUUAAUCAGUCGUCUUCCUCAAAUGAAGGGGAUGAUGACGCAAUCUUUGCUAGUGGGAGGGAAUCUGAUUUUAUUGGUCCUCAACUCGCGGCUCAGACGCUUCAUUCAGUAUAAAAAGUUAGCCACGAGUUAGCCUGCCCUGGAGCAGGUUAGUUCUGAAGGAUUCGUUGCCAUAGAAAUGUAAAGGUCACUUUUGUGGUACCGGUUAUCCCGAGGAACUCAGAGUUUGUCAAAGUUACCGCACCUCACUAACUCGUCAAACCAUGUACGUAUAAAGGGCUCAGGCCAACAUAAACAACUCAAAAGGCUGCAUUUAUACAGGCAUCCCAAUUCUGAUCUUUUGCCACUAAUUAGUAUUUUGACCAAUCAGAUCUUUUGCCAAUACAGUGCAUUCAAAG